AUGUUCAGCAAGCUCAAGAGUGCUUUGAAGGGGCCCGUGCCCCCUGCCCCAGCCCCAGCCCCAGCCCCAGCCCCAGCCCCUGCUCCGGCUCCGGCCCCCGCUCCAGCCCCUGAACCCGCAAAGGAGGAUAAGCCUGGCGAGAAACCUAAUGAAGAGAAGAAAGAUGAGAAACCAGCAGAGUCUGCCCCUGUCCCGGUGGCAGCCCCAGCUCCUGCCCCAGCUGCUGCACCUGGAGAAGACAAGCCACCUGGGGAGGGGGGUGAGGGGCAGGAAGACACCCCACCUGCACCAAAGCCCAUAGUCAUUAACAGAUAUGCGGAUGAUCUGCUGCGCGAUAUUGUCACACGGAUGCAGGAGCGAACACGCAUCUACAAGGAGAAGGUUAUGGACCCUUAUGCCUCGUCCCCUGAGAGAAGUCCUCCAGUCACACCAGUGUACACGAAGGAGGGAUACAAACGAAAACUGGAGGAGGACAAAAGGAGGCAAGAGGAAGAAGAGCAGAAGAAGAAAGAGGCGGAGGAAAAGAAAAAGAGAGAUGCGGAGGAGAAGAAGAAAAAAGACGAGGAGGAGAAGAAAAAGAAAGAAGAAGAAGCACAGAAAAAAAAAGAGGGAGAAGAACAGCAAAAGAAAGAUGAAGCAGAACAGAGAAAGAAGGACGGGAUCGAGGAUCCCAAACCCAAAUCGUCCAUCUGUCCAAAGAUCUCAUGCUCGUGGCUGGUGGACCCUAUUCUGGCGCCCAUCGAGAGGAGGAUGGACAAGAUCCUCGGCACCUCCCUGGACCCUUUCACAGAUCGCCGCUACAUUGCCUGGUUGAGUGUGCUGACCAUAGCCUUUAAUUACAACCUUUGGUUUAUUCCCGCACGCAUGGCCUUCCCUUACCAUACCCCUGAGGCCAUCCCCAUCUGGUUCACGUUCGACCUCAUCGCGGACGCCAUCUACCUCAUCGACAUGAUCGUUUUCCAGCCACGCCUGCAGUUUGUGAAGGGUGGGGACGUCAUAUAUGACCAAGUUCUAACAAAGAAAUACUACAGGGAAUCCAAAAAAUUUAAGGAUGCACUGCUGGCCCUUGCCCCUUUUGACCUGCUCUACAUCCCCUUUGGGUUCAAGUCGGUGUUUAGAGCCAACCGCCUCCUGCGGUCCGAGACGUUCGAUGAGUUCAGUGACCGGCUGGAGGGGAUCAUGACCAAAGCCUACAUCUGGAGAGUCAUCCGCACCAUUGGCUACCUGCUCUUCAUCCUGCACCUCAACGCCUGUGUCUACUACGUGGCCUCAGCCUAUGCGGGCAUAGGGAAAUCCAAGUGGGUGUACAGUGGAAAGGGCAGUGCGUACCUACGUUGUUAUUAUUUUGCAGUGCGAACACUUAUCAAUAUUGGAGGACUACCUGAGCCCCACACGGUCUUUGAGAUCUCGUUUCAGAUGACAAACUUUUUCGUUGGUGUCUUUGUGUUCUCAAGUUUAAUUGGACAGAUGAGGGAUGUCAUCGGGGCGGCCACUGCUGGUCAGACCUACUUCCGCAACUCCAUGGACAACUGUGUGUCCUAUAUGGUGGCCAACAACAUUCCCAAAGUCGUGCAGCAGAGAGUGCGCACCUGGUACAACUACACCUGGGACGCACAGGGCAUGCUGGAUGAGUCAGAGCUGCUGGACAAAAUGCCCCUAGUCAUGAAAACAGCCAUUGCCGUUGACAUCAACCUGGCCACCUUCCAGAAGAUAGACCUCUUUAAGGGAUGUGAUAACCAGAUGCUUAUUGACAUGUUACUGCGGCUCAAGUCUAUUAUCUACCUGCCGGGAGACUUUGUGGUGAAGAAGGGAGACAUCGGUAAGGAGAUGUACAUCAUAAAAUCAGGGGCUGUGCAGGUGGUAGGAGGUCCAGACAACUCAAUCAUCUUCGUCACACUGAAGGCAGGCUGUGUGUUUGGGGAGAUCAGUCUGCUGCAGUCAUCAGCCAAUGGAGGCAACCGCAGAACCGCAAACGUUAAGGCCCAUGGCUUCGCCAACCUCUUCGUUCUGGAGAAGAAGGACCUUUUCGACAUCCUAGUCCACUACCCAGAGUCCCAGAAAGUGCUGGCCAGGAAAGGGAAGCAGCUGAUGAAGGCGAAAGGCCCAGCGGCUGCCAAGGCCGCCGAGGACAAGAAGAAGGGCUUGACUCUGUUCGGCCCCAAACCCCCCACCCCAAAGUUUCUUCGCGCCUUCGGCACCGGCCUCAACAAACAAGGAAUCCUCGAGAGAAUGAAGGCUGCUGCUAAUUCAUCAUAAAUAACAUGAACUCUGAUGACCAAAGCAACAAAUAUUUCAGCGUGCGCUAUAUUGAAACAAUGAAAUGAAACUGCUUCAUCUUUUGUCAGUUUUAUUUACAUAGUAUCGAUUUUUGGGGGAAGCUUUGUCAUAAGAAAUGCAGUUGUCCGUAGAUUAAUGUAAAAAUGAAUCAUAAUUUGAGAUUCUUAUGUGAAAGCCCUGUCUGAGUAUAAUAGUAGUAUGCUUGGGUAAUACUGAGGGUUCGUCUGAGGAGCUCAACAUUUGAGCAGUAGGUCAACCACAGUGUUUGAGAGAGUAAUGUU